CUGUAGACACCAACAAGAUCGCCUGACAGCCAAUCGUCACCAAGAGCCACUCUUUGUGGGCGUGUAUCAGAGGGUGUUAGGGACAUUCUUAAGUAUUCAUUGUCAUGAGUUAUUGUAUCGUUACAGAGUGUGUAACUUGAAUGUAAAAACAGUGAAUGGCACUCAGAGCUAAGUUACAUUGCCCCGGCAGUACUGCUUUUUGUUGGCCAGCCUCUCGAGUUGGUGUGCUCAAGGUAGUCUUUUUGGCUUAGUGAGAAGCAAGGUGCUGCAAGGAUGGCAGAGGAAGCAGUGUUCGAUCUGGUGCAUAUGGAGGCAGUAUCCUACGUGUUUCAAGGCGAAAAAAUAUCCGAGGAUGAAGCUGUUGCAAAGCUGGAACACAUGGGGUUUGCUACAGGCUACAGACUUGUUGAAAGAUUGACAAGGGAAUCUGGACGCUUUAAGGAUGAGCUGGACAUCAUGAAGUAUAUUUGCAAAGACCUCUGGGUUACUGUUUACAAGAAACAAAUUGAUAACUUGAGGACAAAUCACCAAGGUGUUUAUGUUCUACAUGACAACCGAUUCAGGUUCCUGUCACGUAUGGCAGCAGGAAAGCAGUAUCUUCAGUAUGCACCAAGGUACCUGGCUUUCACUUGUGGGUUAGUCCGAGGCUGCUUGGCCAACUUGGGCAUCACGUGUGUGGUUACAGCUGAAGUAACUCAGCUUCCUGCAUGCAAGUUCCAAAUACAAGUUCAGCGGGGGUAAAUGGCAGAGAUGCUGUUUCUUAUUGACCUCACGUUUUAGGGAGGAUUCAUGAAAGUAAACCUGUAAAGUUUUGUAACAUUCAGCAAAAGUUACUUGGAUGUGUAGAUAUAUUUCUAUUGUUUUCCUCUGUAUUAAGCAUGUAGUAGCUAAUAACAAUAUAAUAUACAGCCUCAUAUUAUCACCAUAACCAACAGUACUUAGAAGAUAUUAUCUUCUAAGUAUUGUUGGUUAUGGUGAUGUUAUGUGGUAGAGUCAUGAUACUAAUAUUAAUUUCUUCUGUGAGGCAAAUUGAUUCAUCCUAGAGGAUUUAUAUUUAGCAAUUACUAAUUGGGAUACAGGUAGUGAACUUGGUGUUGAUACUAAAAGAAUAUCAGCCUUACAUAUGUGGUGAUAUUGAAUUGUACCUUGGCUCACUGAACAAAGUAUUGGGAGAUAAGUUGAUUUAGAAAUAUGUUUUAAUAAUUGAUUCUAAGAGGUGAUGCCAGAUCAUUCAUUGAGAAUGUUGAAUGGCUGUGAUGCUCAUAGUGGGUGAGAAGAAUUGUUUGGAAGGUAAAUUAAGUUGGCUCUUUAGAAUAUACGAUAUUUAAAUUA